AUGGUGAAGGACGAUUUGUACAUAACAGUGCCUUGUUAUUUUCGGUGCCCCAUUUCUCUUGAUGUGAUGAAAUCCCCUGUGAGUCUGUGCACUGGUGUGACGUAUGACCGCACCAGCAUCCAGCGGUGGUUGGACAGCGGUAAUAAUACCUGCCCCGCCACCAUGCAGGUGCUUCAGACCAAGGAGCUUGUCCCCAACCAUACUCUACAAAGGCUUAUCAAGAUCUGGUCCGAAUCUGACUCGGUCCAGACUCGGCCUGUAAAUAUACAGGCAACUCACCAACCCAGCUCGCUCACUCAAGACAACGUUCAUGAACUCAUCAACCAGCUGGAAAAUGAGCUUAAGAAUAUUGAUAAGGAUUCCAGUUUCCAAAUCUACACAAUUUCGAGGCUGAUUUUAUUCGCCAAGGAAGUGGAAGAAAACGGCAAGCUCUUGGCCUCAGCCGGCGGCGCUAGGCUUUUACCGUUGUUUAUUGCGGCUCUUGGCAAUAAACAAUUGGUGAAAGAUCUUGAGGUUUUUGAGAAAUUUGUUCAGUUUUGUAACAUAAUCUUACAACAGCCAGUAAAAACUGAUUCAGUAGAAGGACGAUCAAAAUCCCCUAUGAUUUCAAGAUUUGAUAUCGGGAAAGAAUUCAAAUCUUCAAUGAUUAUAGGACUUUCACAGGGGAGAUCAGAGUUAAGAACUGCAAUUGCCAAACUUCUCGAAAUCACAUCCAAUUUGUAUUUGGAAGUGAGAAAUUUGAUAUCAGAAGACGAUCAAAUAUACUCAGAAUUACUAAGAUUAAUAGCCAGUGUGGAUUGUAAACCAGAUGCCAUGGAUUCAUCCUUGUCCUGUUUAAUCUGUUUAGCAUUGUCAAAGAGAAACAGGGCUAAAAUCGUGCGCAAUGGCGGCGUAGGCGUGUUGGCAAAAGCUCUAUCGGAAUCAGAAUUGAGCGUUUCACUGACGGAAAAAGUGCUUAAACUUGUGGAAAUGAUGUCGACUUGUAAAGAAGGGAGAGUUGAGAUUUGUAGGAAUGAAAUUUGUGUAGAAUCAAUUGUGAAGAAGGUUUUGAAAGUAACGAAUGUGGGAACUGAACACGCAGUGACAAUAUUGUGGAGUUUGUGCUGUUUAUUCGGGGACAAGAAAGCACAAGAAUGUGUAACAAAGAGCAAUGGCAUGACCAAGAUUUUGCUGCUUAUGCAGAGCAAUUGUUCGGUUGCAGUUAGGCAGAUGUCGAGUGAUUUGCUCAAGGUUUUUCGAUACAAGUCCAAAUCUUCUUUUCUUUCGUGUUACGAUACUAAGACUAUUCAUAUCAUGCCAUUUUGA